AUCGUCCCGUCUGCUUCAGCCCGACUCAGUCUGCUGAGCUCGUCUCCACCAGGACCAGGACCAGGACCAGGACCAGGACCAGGACCAGGACCAGGACCAGGACCAGAACCAGGACCAGGACCAGAACCAGGACCAGGACCAGGACCAGGACCAGGACCAGAACCAGGACCAGGACCAGAGACCAGGACCAGGACCAGGACCAGAACCAGGACCAGGACCAGGUCUUCUCUGAGCGGCUCCACACAUGGAAGUCCCAAAACGCCAAUGCCUGGUGGAGAUCCAGAACAAAAGCUCCUGCUGCUCCCUGACCGACCCUCGCGUCCACCUGGUCAGCGGCAGCAGCGAGGCUCCUCUGCCGCCGAUGCUCAAACCAUCCGAAGCCGGAAGCGCUCGCUUCGUCAAGUCGUGGGGGCUCCGCGGGUCGGUGGGCGUCUUCACCUACGACCUCGUCCAGGAGUCCAGCGAAGAGCUUCAGGGCAAGAUGGCCGUCAUGUUCUCCGUCCCCUACGACUUCAACCUGUAUUCCAACUGGUACGCCGUGGGGAUGUUCGACGGGGACAAGCCAUGCGACAAAGAUCUGUACGAGCUGAUGUACAAGGCCGGGGAGGAGGGCUUCACCCGGGGCAAAGCUAAGGGGCCCGGGCUGACCCACAGGACGGACCGGGUCACCGUCAGGGCCACCAUGUCCGACAGCUACCGGCCCGUCCUGAAGGUGGACGUCUGCGACAACUGAGACUGUUUCAGACCAGUUUGAUUUGAUUUGACUUGAUUUGUUGAACAGGGACCGUACAUAUUAAUGAACACAUGUGUAAAUAUUCACGGUUGUAGCCAGUAAUUUCCACCAUUCGUCCCCGCGGCAAUUUAAUGCCAGACACAGAAUCGGAACCAGUAGACAUACGAGAUAUGACAUUCAUACCAGCAAAACACAACAUUAAAAAACAACUAAGCCAGAUAAAAAAACAUUAAGCAAUAAAAACAUACCAUUGGUAAACUAGUAAUUAAGUGACCAUAUAAGUUAAAGUUAUUCUAUGCAACUUCUGAGAGCUAGCAAGAUUUGAAAGUGGCGCCUCCUCUAAGCCCCGCCCCCCCCGCCCCCAUCCACGAGCGCUCCGUCCAAAGCCACGCCCCAACAAACACGAACGCGCAUACGAUUAUUAAACAUUUUGGACAGCACAUUUACAGCAAAACUACUCCAUGUCUCAUUCACCUGUAAGCGAGGCCGGUUUUAGGGGGGGCAGGGGGGGGCUGUGCCCACCCAAACGUGCCCACCGGCGUCUCCAUCCCGGCCAGUGCCGGUGCGGCUGACGGAACGCUGCGGUGCCGUGCAGGCUCUAGAGCCACGGCUACGGCGUACCCUACGGCGUACCCUACGGCGUACCCUACGGCGUACCCUACGGCGUAGCCUAGGGCGUACCCUACGGCGUAGUCUACGGCAUCUACGGCGUAGCCUAGGGCGUACCCUACGGCGUAGGCUACGGCGUACCCUACGGUGUAGCUGUGGCAACAGAGCCUGCACCGGCGCUCUCCGCUCUCGCUGUGAUGGAGACGCCUACAUCCCCACGGACCCCAUACAGCUUCCGAGCCGGAGCUGCUGCGGCUCUUCACGGCUGCGGCUGUUCACGUGUCCCCGCGGGCUGCUGCUGCAGGAGCUGCUGCUGGGCAGAGAGUCCUGCAGCAGCAGCCCAGACGGCUAACGGCUCUGCUCCCCGCUCUCACACACACAGCGGGGCCGACCCGCUCUGGAAAUAACUACCGGGGCUCCGUGGCAGAGGGGAGGGAGGGGGGUUACACUGGGACACUGUGA